AUGGAUUGGCUAUGGGCAGACGUAAUACUAAGAGGAUAUUCUGGUUGGAACUCAAGGCUCGCUCUUCAAGUCUUAGAUCGGGUUUUCCCCAAGGAUGCAGCUGUUCAGCCUUCUCUGGUUAUAGUAUAUUUUGGUGGAAAUGAUGCAACAAACCCGCACCCAAGUGGAAAAGGCGCUCAUGUUCCUCUUCCCGAGUAUGUAGAGAACAUGAGAAAGAUUGCUCUUCAUCUCAAGUCUCUUUCAGAGAACAUACGGAUAAUUUUUCUUAGUUCUCCUCCCGUGAAUGAAGAGAGAGUUCGAGAAAUUUUUGGCAAUGCACUUGAUGAUCAAGCUCGGACAAACGAAGGCUGCCUCAAAUAUACUGAAGCUUUAGUAGAGUUGGGUCAACAGUUAGAUAUUAAAGUCAUCGAUCUUUACACUGCAAUUCGUCAAAGAGAUGGUUGGGCAAAGGCUUGCUUUAUAGACGGAAUCCAUUUUUCAUCUGAAGGGAGCAAAAUUGUCGUAAAGGAGAUACUGAAGGUCCUCAAAGACGCCGAAUGGGAACCAAGCCUGUACUGGCUGUCAAUGCCAGCGGAAUUUCCCGAGGAUUCGCCAUAUUACGUUGUUGGUCCUGAUGGUGAAACCACCCUUAACGUGACUGAUCAUGUUUGUACUUGGCAAAAGGAGUGGGUCAAUAUAUAGUGCCAACAUGAACCCGGGACAACUUGGGACAUGAGUAUAAUCUCAUCUUUUAUACUGUAAUGAGACAGUGUUGUCUAAUAUGGUUUACCAUUCACAAUUUUUGAAUUUGGGCAGAAAGACAUCAUGUUGUUCGUCAUUUGAUGGAUUUUGUUCUUAGUUUCAACAAAUAAUAAGAUGUGCGAUUUCUAUUUUAUA